CACAAUCCCCUGCCAGUCAGACACCGGCUUGCAGCCGAAACUUUCGCAGCGAGUCGAUGCAGCGUAUCCCUACGUUUCACUUUCGUGUUUCAUGCGAGUUCAGAUCCACUUGAAUCGCUCGAUCAGUCGGUCGAAUUCGAACGGACCUGCGGGCGGGAUCGAUCUUGUUUCUUUUCCUGAGAAGAGAUUAAAAAGUGCCGAUUUUAUUUUCGGAAAAGAAGACAUCGAACUUAUGUGUGAGAUAACAGUGCAGUGACGUUGCCGCGUAAAGAUUGUUAUCUUGAGGAUUUCAUCGAGAAUGUAAUUAUUUGAUUGACGUUGUGACAAAUAUUUAUAAAAGAACACGAGAAAGGAAAACGCGGUGCCUUCGUCAUGUCGUCGUGUCAUUAAAUAAAGAAAGAAAAUAGAUACGUAGAUAAAAGAGAAGAAACGCAGCAAGAGAGUGUCUUCGUAGUGUCGCGGUGUCAACAAAUACGAAAAAGACUAUUUCAAGUAUUUUUACGAAAAGUGCCAAAAUGCUGGUCGCCGAGAUGCCGCACAGCGUCAUGAAAAAGAAUAACAAUUAUAGUCACUGCCCGCUAAAGAAGCGGCCGUUUUAUUACACAUCCGAGGACGAAGAUGAAGCCCCUGAAGUCAAAGACGAGAUAAUCGACGUAGGAGUAGACGAUAUUCCCGAACCCGAGAAUCUUAGCACAAAGCCCGAGGAUCUCAGGAGAACGGCCGAUCGCCAUCAUAAUCACCAUCAACAACAACAACAACAACAGCAAGAACAAGAACAAGAACAACAACAACGCGCCGGAUCCAGGACACCGCCGCUGAUCCCUAAAUUAUCUCUUCCGCCUCUAACGAUAGAGCCAUCCUCGCCGACGACUCACCACUCGAUGUACGUCCAUUCAUCACCGUUGCAUCACUAUCACCAUCACUAUCCGACCAAGACUAUCACGCCGCCAGCGGGUAUCGCGCCGAUUCAUCCGGUCGCGAAGAAAGCGCGAGUCGAGGUGAUCCAGCACAAUGAGAGUUCCACGGCGACGCCGACGGCGGGCAUGACGGCGACAUCGGCAUCGCUCUUUAUGGCAAGCAAGACGCCCUUGGAACCGUUGAAUCUAAACACACCGGUCGAGCCCUUGGCGCAUUACGCCGCUCCAGGUUGGGCCCGCGCGGCCCCGCUGUAUCCGCCUCAUUACCUGCCGUACCAUCCGCCUGCCUAUCGUUAUCCCGGAGCGGAAUUGUAUCCGUCGUAUCCAGUAUCAGGGUAUCCUCACUCGUCUCCGGAGCAUCAUCCGUCAAUUUCGCCACCGCCGCACGGUGCACUGACUUGCCCGACCAUUCAACGACCCAUCGUCAGGAACUACCACUGGCACAGUCCGGAUCAUUGUGGCUUAUCGCCCACGAGUUCCGUGGGUUCCGGCUCGCUGCGGUCACCUCCGCCGGUCACGCCGGAAGACCUGUCCUCGUCACCCAGCAGCGACAGCGGCAGAUCAUCCGCGGGUAGCACCUCCGCCGGGCCUACGAUCGUGAACACGAAGAUGGAGAAGAGCAGCCCUGGCGCGAGCGCGUCUUCGAACACGACGUCGCCCAGGUACUCGUGCGCGGACUGCACCAAGUCGUACUCGACGUACUCGGGUCUGUCGAAGCAUCAGCAGUUUCAUUGCGCGGCUGCCCAGGGCCAGGCGAAGAAAUCCUUCUCAUGCAAAUACUGUCAGAAGGUGUACGUCAGUCUGGGCGCGCUCAAGAUGCACAUCCGGACGCAUACCCUGCCCUGCAAGUGCCAAACGUGCGGCAAAGCGUUCUCCAGGCCGUGGCUUCUUCAAGGUCAUAUCCGGACGCACACUGGCGAGAAGCCAUUCAGAUGUCAGCAUUGCAAUCGCGCGUUCGCCGACAGGAGCAAUCUCAGGGCUCAUCUACAGACUCACAGCGACGUCAAGAAGUACUCCUGUGACAGGUGCAGUAAAACCUUUAGCAGGAUGUCGUUGCUUACGAAGCAUCAGGAGGGCGGUUGUCCCGGUGUCCCGGUAUCGGUCACUUAUCCUUGCUAAAAUUUCAAGUUUGCGCGAUCUGUACCACGGAGACGAACGUAUGUUUCAAUCCCGGUCUCAAAGUGCCUUAAAAUGCAGUACAAACGACGAGAUAAUGCAGCCCGGUAUCUUUCGGUGAAUCGCUCGCGGAAUAUCGUCUUUAGUUAAUCCUUUUUAUUAUUAAACGUUUUUAUUAA